UAUUACAAAACAACAACAAAAAAAUGCGGUGAUAACGGUGAUUAAAUCAUUAAAAGCACUAAAUGUUAAUUGUUCAGGGUCCCUGCCGGUAACAGGAUUUAGUAUAGCCCUAACUUUAUUACCACAGUAAAAAAAAGAAAAAAAGAAAAACAAAAAAUAUUUACAAAAUUCUACCCAGAUUGUUUUUCCUAAACGACGCAUCAUGCCUGGCACCAUAAAGAGCGUCAAAGUCACCUACAAACCCAUUAAUGAGGAAGACACGUUCACCAGCGGGGACUGCGUCUCGGGCGAGGUCAGGGUAGAAGUGACCAAAGAAUGCCAACUAACCUUCCUGCGUGUGCAGUUCAAAGGGAAAUCAGAAGUCUUGUGGACAGAGAGGCACGGUAACACUACUGUCACGUACCACUCCAAGGACAAGUACUUCAGCAUUAAACAUUACUUCAUUCGAGGCGAGGAUCACAAAGGAGAGGAAGGCGCGAUAUUACUGACGGGCAAAAACGCAGAACCAUUCAGCAAUGUUCUUGCCCCAGGAUGGCAUGUGUACCCAUUCAGCUUUCAGAUCCCUUUCCAGGAUAUGCCCUCCUCCUUCACUGGCUCUUAUGGUAAAACGGUGUACUCCCUGAAAGCCAGGCUGGGCAGAUCAAUGAGGAUUGACAAGAAAGACUCAAUUAACAUCAACUUUGUGACAAAAGACAUGUGCAGUGACCCUGAACUAAAGGAACCACAGCAUGAGUCUAAGGAUAAGAAAAUGAAAUUCUUCAACUCAGGAACAGUAGCCAUGGAUGUGGAUAUUGAAAAAACAGGUUUCUUCCAAGGAGAAGGAAUGAAGGUUGUGGCCUGCAUUGAGAACAACUCGACUCGUGACAUCAAGCCCAAGUAUUGUGUGUACCGUAAGCACAGCUUCUUUGCAAAUGGAAAAAGAAGACUCAGCACUAAAGACCUCAUAAAAGAAGUGGGAGAGCCCAUCCCUCCAUCUGCCAGUGAAAAGGUUACACGAGUCAUCACCAUCCCCCAUGACAUGGAGCCUUCCAUCACCAACUGCAGUAACAUGAAAGUGGAGUACAGACUCAGGGUCUACCUCGAUGUCAAAUAUGCUUCAGACCCAGAGAUCAAAUUUCCCAUCACCAUCCUGCCGGCCUCUCAGAUUCCUGGUGCUAUGGCACCACCUGCUGCUUCUGGUUUUGGAUUUGAACCAUUGGUGAACACGAUGGACAUUGCACCACCACAAUCACCACCAGCACCCCAACCUACAGCUCCCCCACCUCCCUAUGGAGCAUAUGGCAUGUACCCUCCUUUGAUAGAUUUUGACAGUAAGUGAGUGGAAAGAUACUUGGACAGAUGAAUACCUCAAAAUACAAUGACGUUAUUUUUUCUUUUUCUAAUGUGUUAUGCAAGCUUUAUGUUACAGCUACAGUUUAUUUACUGCUGUUUAGCUAUCUAGACUUGUACUUAUUAAUUAGACAAUUUUUUACUCAUCAUCUUGUGCUAGAGGGCAUGUGUUUUCAGAAAGCAGGAAUUUUCUGACUCUGGUCAGUGUGAACCUGUUUGGUAGAAACUGCCAUUAUGGCCCUUAAUGUGGUCCAUCGCUUUUUUAUUCCUAUACAUACAUACAUUAUGCGUUGGACAACCUGUAGAUUGUGUCGCAUUUCCAAAAAAUUGAAAGUGAAUAAUGUUGAAGAAGGGAUCCUUGCAGAAUUUUAGAUACCUCUGGUUUUAUUCUCUCUAACUCUAUCUCAAAUGUGAGAGAAAUUAUUUUUAUAACUGCAAUUGUUUUGAUAUAUAUGACUUAAACUGUUGUUAAACUAAUUGUAAGUAACAAAGAUGUUUCAUCUGAAGAGGUUUUAGAUGUCUCGUGAACUCAUGUCUCCUUAUUUCAAAGAGAAAGCCUAUCCGGGGCAUUUACAUAAACUUACAUAAAUCAUUGUCGGAAGCAGAGUGAUGAAUGCUUAUCCAUCCUGCCAAAAGAUCAUGAUGUUGUAAGAUGUAGUCUAAAGUGUAUACAAACUGAGGACAUUUAAAAAAACUGAAAAUACAGGAUUAAAAAUAUUGUGCUGACUGGUAUUUUGACACCCUUUCUCACCAAUCCUAGACAGGAUGAAGUGGCAGAUAUGCUGAUAGAUCGUGUUAAGUCAACUCAUCCAUCAACUUUAGCCCUGCUUCACAGAGAGGUUGUUCUCCUGAGGCACUUAAGGCAUACUUUCUAUUCUCUGUCUGAGUUCAGACCCACUAUGACUGGCUGAUCAGAAAACUUAAUGAUGAUUAAUGAUUCUCAUUCAUAAGCACUUAUUUGCACACACAUAUGCACAUAAAGAGAAUGAUUCUGCAGAAAGUUUAUUUGAAUUGAAUUUGACCUGUAUCAUUAUUUUAUUGUCUGAUUUUUAAACACAUAUUUUACUUUUUUCAAUGAAUCGAAAUCCUGACAUGAUGCAUUUUCAAGAAAAUCGGUGCAUAUCCCGUGUGCUCCUCUGUU